AUCACAUGAUAAGGGACGUCAUCAACAUGUGAGCAAGAUCUGUCAAGCAAAUAGAAAUGUUGAUACGAAGUUUUUGGAGUUUUGGGGGAACAUAGGCAGCCAAAAUGUGAAGGAAUACAUAUAAACGUUUAAGAGGUUAUUCAACGCCUGAAGUUACAUUAUGUGUGGACUCUGAGACUGAGUGUGUCCCAGCACUCCUACCUAAUCAACUUAUUGGACUCUUAAAAGUUGGGAUGAAUGUGGAACUAUCACUACAAUUUCUAGAUAUUUAGUUGUUACUGAAAGAUUUUCCAUUUUUGGAGUGAUCUUCUUUUGUCGGGGAAGUUGGAAUACAUGGAGGAAACCCCACCUGUCGGGUAUUGUGACCAUAAGUUAAACUCAAUGCUUCCAGGAACGGGAAUCAUAUCCGGUUGCCUAGUGGUAGCUGUAAAUUAAUUGCAGCUUGGUGUCUUGGAAAAAGAGAAAUUCAAGAACAGUUAUGUAUGUGCCAAAUAAUUAUUGAUCAAAUUGAAGAAAGUACUUUCAGUUGUCAUCUGAAAAUUUGGUUUGUCGAGUAAUCUAGAUUCUAAAUAGUUGAUUAUGUGUGGCUUUGAAAGGCAGUCAUAGGAAAAAAACACACAUUUAAAAGCUGAUUCUCAGUAACAUAAUUUCUCUGUGAAAAAUGUUGUGAAUGUCUUAGAUAACAAAAUAUCAAACACUAAAAAUAUGUUGUGGAGUGUUUUGUGAUUCAUGCCCAACUGAUGACAACAUGGAGGCAGAGUAUCUGAUAUAAUAUUUAUAGUGUUUGUGAUAUGGAUGUGGGAAAGGCAGCUGGUGGAAAUGAUGCUCCAAUUUAAGUGAAGUCACACAACAACAUUUCUGAGUGCAGGUUGGUUGUGAAAUCAUGUCUUCUGCAUUGGAGAAAAAUGGACUUAAAUGUCUCAACGCUGUCCUUCCAGAUGACUUUGAAGCCAAGCUGGUCUCAGAUCAAGGGAGGAUUUAUUACUUAAAUCAUGCCCACCAGACGUCGUCAUGGGUACCGCCUCGUGAGAACUGGGAUCCAGGCACCGCUGCACUUCCGUAUGGCUGGGAAGGGGCCCAGGACAGGAACCAGAAACCCUACUACAUCAAUCACAUGGAGAGGUACACAACCCGUGAAGACCCACGCAAUGACCCGGAUUAUGUUGCGCCCCCUAAACCCCGCGAGGUGGAACUGCAACGGGAUGCCCAGAAGGGCUUCGGAUUUGUUGCGGGCAGUGAGAAACCAGUCGUUGUACGAUUUGUGACCGAUGGUGGUCCCAGUGUUGACAAGCUGAUGCCUGGUGACCAGAUCAUUAAAAUCAACGGCCAGGAUGUGAAGAAGGCUCCCAGAGAAUUCGUCAUUGACCUGGUCAGGUCGUGUAAGCAGACCAUUUCAUUAACAGUAUGCCAGCCAUACAAUGAUUCAUGCCGCAGGUCAGCCCUGCUAACUGCAGCGAAGAAGGACAAGCUGAAGAAGAACCCAUCGAGGGUGCGCUUCUCCGAAGAUGUCGAUGUGAGAAGAGUCUCAUUGCCAACGGAUAGCAUUGCUACUGAGGAUAGCACAUAUGUGCCUUUCAUUCCAAAUGUUCUGAAAGUGUUCCUGGAAAACGGGCAAACCAAGUCCUUUAAGUAUGACAACAAAACAACGGUCAAGGAUGUUGUGAACUCAAUACAAGAGAAGCUGAGUAUAAAGGAUGUGGUCCAUUUCAACCUGGUGCUGCACAACAUGAAGAGCCUGAUGCCCGGACGUAUGACACUGCUGCAGGAUCACGAGACCGUGUCUGAGAUUGCCAGUCGACCAGGGGCUCGCCAUUUCCGCUGCCUGUUCCGAGUCAUGUAUGUCCCACGUGACUCGUAUGAUCUACUCAAACAUGACCCGAUCGCUUUCGAGUACUUCUACAUUCAGUGUGUGAACGACGUGUUGCAAGACCGUUUUACGACCGAGCUCAAGCAGGAAACGUUGAUGCGUCUCUCAGCCCUCCAUAUUCAACAACACGCCAUGAGCAACAACAUCACGGGCAAAAUCAACAUCAAAUCCAUAGAGAAAGAGUUUGGUCUAGAAAAGUUUGUUCCACAGUCAAUUCGCGAAGCUUUCAAGAUCAAAGACUUGAGAAAGGUGCUGGCUCAAUGCUUAAAAAUGAAUGCGAAUCUCACUGCUCCCGGUCAGAAACAACUCACAGCUCUGCAGGCUAAACUCCACUAUAUGAAGAUAGUUAGUGAACUCAAGACAUUUGGAAGCAGAGUGUUCAUGGUGACACUACUGGAUAAGAAGACAGAGGCCAUGAUUCUUGUUGGGCCCAAGUCUGGUAUCAGUCUAGUCACAAAUGUUCGCUCCUAUACGGAUUAUGUAAGAGCCACGAAGUCGGAGUUAUCUAUGCUAGCUGACUUCAGUGAAGUCCAAUGCAUCAAGGUUUCUAAGGAGACUCAUGACAUGCGUAGGGUGGAGAUCACCAUCAAAGGGGAAGAACCAGGAACUCUCAACCUGGGUUUGCUGAAAGAAGAUGCAACCAACUUUGUCUGCAUGGUGAAUGGAUAUUACCGGAUCUUUGUGGAUAAUGAAGGGAACGUUAUCCAGAAAAAUGCUGGAAAGCAAAGUGUUGAUCCGGACAUACCCCAGUUUGAAAGCAAGCACAUUGUGCUAGCGGCCCCCUGGAGCUACCCUGAGGACAUUGUAUCCAUGGUGAUUGACGAGGGAAAGGAAGGGGGUGACAAUCAAAGGGUCAUUGACCUUUCACGAGGGCCCCCUGCAUAUGAGGGGGACAAGAAAUUCAUCAUGCAGCUUAAAAAGGAUCUUGGCCUGCCUGAUAUUGCAGAGUCUCAAGAGAGUGAAAGUACUGCAGAUAAAGAAGGUUUCUCUGAAGAUGUUGGUAGUCCAUCUCCAACCACCCCUGUGUCCACAAAUCUCACCUCACUCACGGCAGAGGAGCCAGCAACAACCAAAGACGUUAAUGACAAUAAUGAAACUGAACGAGUCAAUUUUAAUUCUCCAAACCUCCCUCAAAAGACUGUGAUUAUGAUAGAAUCCCCACCGAAUUCAAUGAACGCAAGUGUUACAUCAGCGACCGACUCUCAGGCCUCCACCAAAAUGGACUCAGACUCUGUGUCGAGUGCAUCGACAAGUAGCCUCUCUCAGAAUGGUACAAAUAGUACAAAUUCUGAUGCCGAACCUUCGCCCACUCUUCCAAAGAAGGUGUACUCUUCUCCAGUAAUGAAAUCCAGGAAGCGUCAUCAGCCGGCCCAAGAAGAAGACCAUGCAGAGUAUGUAAAUAGUCCCCGAGCAGACGACAAUAAUGUGAAACCGAGCGACUUUGUACAUUUGACUGGUAAAGCCUCCAACGAGCCUGUAGAGUAUAUUAAUAUCAGGCAGACAAAGAAGUUUGAGGUUGGGAGCAGUAGUUCCGAUACUGAUAGCGGAAUGGGUGGAGACUCAGAGCGGACUACUUUCUCUGCUGAGGAUGGGAGGGGAUAUGGGCAGGAGGCAGAGCCUGAUAGAAGAAUUGGCAGCUGGCUACAACAACGGCGGCCAACAGUAGACCUUAAUCAUAGAAACAAAAAUCAUAGACAUAUUUGGAAAGCCCCUCUGUUAGACCUGGGCUACAUGCACCGUGCGGGCCCCAGACACGACUCCCCAAGCUCCACCUCCUCCCUGGACCCUGACAGCAGCUUCCUGGGACCUUUCAACGCAGACCAGCUUCCCCUGGAGAUCCAGAAUGCCGUGUACGACUCCAGACUCUUCUCUGACAAGGAAAUGCGGGUGGAUCCAGAUAUCAUAGAUCUGACCUUGUUACCUCCCUUUCCCCCCACAGAGGAGGAGCUUGAGGAGGAGUCAAGGCUAGGCUCCUCCCACAGGCACUCCCACCCACCGCUGUCGAAGCAAUCAACAGUGCCAUUUGAAAACCUUGAUGAUGUGGACUAUUUGAAGCCUCAUUUAAUGAAAUCUCACAGUGUGGGUUACACACCAGACUUCUUGGAUAAUGAUAUUGAUGCUAUUAUUGAACAAUUAAUUGUCCAACCCCCACCCACUGAUUCAAGCCUAGAACAAGUAAACAUUGACCAACUUGGUACCAGCUGGAAUGGUCCGGUACCCAGCUCAUAUGAGAAUGGCUAUGACAACCAGCAUUUGAGCAGGACUAUAGAUUUGGGCGAACUGGGACUGGACGACCAGUACAGCUCGUUAGUUAUACCUCCCCCACCCGACACAUCAAGUACCCUAGACAAUAUAGUGAUAGUACCACCCGUGGAAUCAGUCAAGGAAAAGAAAAAGAAAUUUGAAAAUUCUGAUUCUGAUGGAUACUUAAAGAGCUUUGGAAAGAAAUCCAGUGUUUUACGCUUACAUCCAAAGAAGGAUGCUGUAAAUGAUAAUGAUUUUAGCCAAAAGCCUGAACCAAAGGUGAACAGUACCGAUGACAGUGGCAAUGGGGUGGUGAAUGGCGAGAAUGCUAAUGACACGUCGCCAGCGUCUGUGUCAGAGAAGCUCAACGCCCUUCUGGCGUCUCUGUCCUCGUAUAGCCAACAGGAAGAGGAGGCUGUGGGAGUCUUCCGGCGCACGUCCUCUCUCCGACUCGGCCGGUGUGCGUCGCUUGACUUUCUCAAUGAGCCUAAGAAGGUCGAGAGUUGUGAUAAAACUAGCGAUCUAGUGACAGGUUCGGUGAGAGUCAAGCCUAAAGUGCGACCAAAGUUGAGUAUCGAACGCCCCUACCUGUCUGGGAGUGGACAUGUCCCAGUGCCCUUGAAGACUGGGCCCGUAGAACAAAUGAACAAUGAUCAGGUGGAAAAGAGUAUUAGUCACAUAAAAACCUCCUCCAAUUUUACAAGAACGCGUUCAGUUGAUGUAUUGCCAACUAUGUCGGAAAAGGCUGAUGCAGAAGCUUCAGUGAGUGAAAGCUUUGCGUCGCUUAAAGCGAAGUUACAAUCCUAUAGAGACAGUCUCUUAAACAGAAGUCUCAGAAGGAAGAAAAAACUUCAAGACCAGAAUCAGAAGAGUGAAAGUGAGUCAGAUCAGAUCUCAGGGGAAGGAGAAAAAGUGCAGAGAAAAAAUUCUUUGACAAGAUCCAAUUCAUUUACUUCGUUGCUAAGGCGGUCGUUAGGGAAAUCUUCAGGAAAAGAGGUUCAAAGUGAGAUGAAGGCUGAGGAAGACAAGGAUGAUGGGAAAUCAGCGGGAAAGGACAAGAAAUACUUCAACACACUGACAACACCAAGAACCAAUUUCCGACCCAAUACAGGGUCAUCGCAGGCACAGGAUGAUUUCUAUAUUGACAUUAUGGAGGAUACGGAAUAUUUCGAGGAGCGACUUGCCCCAAAACCUCCCCUCCCAACAUGCAACACGCCACACGAUAAGGGCGAGAGUCGAGCACAAAAGGCGGGACCCAUAAAGGCGCUGUCAAGUGUAUUUGACCGCGCAGAUUCAGACCCCAACAUCCUGACAGUUCCUGUGGUCCCUAUAAGGGAAAAGUCGCCUAAGAGAAAGGCCCCUCAUGCUCCACCAACUGGGGAUCAGAUCACCGUGGCCCAAGCUGCUACUAAUCCUUCUGUUGCCAGGGAACUAGGAGGCACCAAGGAGUUCACAUCAUCUGUGAUGUCAUCCAUGACAUCAUCAGGUAUCCCGUCAGCGUCAAGUACAAAACCAGUCAUGCUGUCUAAGCCUCUCACCAUACCUACGGCACCUCCCCGCAGGAAGCACCUGCUGUCUAACAGCGAGCACGCACAAUCACCUGUCACGGACCAAACCAGCAAGGAUGACUCCACCAUUGAACUGUCGUCCCCAGCAAAAACAAACGUGAAGGCAAGUCCCUUCUCCACUGUUGGAAAAAUGUGGAGGCCAAUGUCGAUGUCAACCAGUGCUACAAAUGACAAAGAGGAAACUCACUACCAAACUUUUAAUAACUUUGAUGUGCUCAGAGAGAUGGGCACUGAGAAACUACCUCUGACAGCAAGUCCCAGGGACCAGGUGGAGCCCGUAAAGAUCAACGGUCACGGGCACUUGAAGGCUGUUGUCUCAAAGACCACCAGCAGGGCCAACAAGGUGCUCACUGGCAAUGGAUCAGUGUCCGAAAAGAGCUUCGCAGUCUUGAAAGAAAAAGUCAGCGCCAGUCAUUCCAAUACAGUGAAACAAAUCUUGGACACAGUUUACACGUCUGAAGACUUUGUGCAGGCUACUGGUGAUGUUGAGAAACUUCUGAAUGAGUUGAAACAGACCAUGGAGUCAUUGAAGUCUUCGAGAAUUGACAAAAAGCCAGUACAGUUUGACAUGUGCAAGGACGAGUUGCAAUCUCAGGUCAGGCAAUUUGUCACGGAUGCCAAGCUCUUGGUGAGCAAUGCCACUCAGACGCGGGAGAAGCUUGCAGUGAACAUGGACUCAAGCAUGCACUCGCUUGCAAAGAUCUUCCUGCACGGGCAGGCCACGAUGUUCAUGAUGGAGGCCAUUCACCAGGCCCAGCACUUGGGCUCAGAGGUCAUGAGGGUCGCCAAUGCCUAUAAGAGCACCCUGAACGCAGCCCAUGCAGCUGUUGGCAAGCCCCUGGCAGACCCCCACAUGAAGUAUCUCAUGAGGCAGGCUACAAACCUUGCUACUCUUCUGAGCACGCUUCUGAAAAGUCUGAAAACUCUUGAACAAAAGUAGAUUUCAUCUUGCUACAAUCUUCUUAUAUUUCUCAUCCAAUAUACAUUUUAUCUCAUUUAUCAAUGGUCCGAGAAAAUGAUUUUCAGUAAGAAACUGAUAGAAUAAUAAUUUUUCAGCCAAUAUGAACCUUAAAUAAAGUGCUUGUGAAUAGAGUCUGGCAAUAAGCAACAUAUUCAAUCAAUGUAAAUUACAUUUCACCCUUUUCUUUUGCAUACCAUGUGAUGAUCCUCGUUUGUGCUUACUUUUUGUUUUGUUAUUUAUUCAAAUUUUUGAACACUUAAAAACGUUAUAAGAGUUGGUAAUGAGUAAAUUGGAACUUUGGCAUGAUAACUUGAUUUUUUUAAAGAGAGGCUACAACUUGCUUGUUACUGUAAAGAAGGUGUACAUUUCAGAAUAUUGAUAGUAAUUAUAAUUUUGCAAAACAUGAACUCUGUGCCAAACGUGUAUGUUUAACAAUCAAUUUUAAGAGUUUGAUUGCAAUGUUAUAACAUUACUAAUCAUACAUUACAAGCAUAUAUAAUGCACUAUAUUUCAUCUCUGAUUGACAUAUGGGCCAUGCUGUGUGAAAAGGGGGUUUAAUGCAGGUGUGUUGUGGUCCCAAAUAAGCCUGUGAAGUCCAUACAUGCUAAUCAGAGAUGACACUUUCCGCUUUUAUGAUAUUUUUGUUUAAAGAAAUCCUAUUCUUAGUAAAAAUCCAGUUGAGGCGGAAAGUGUCGUCCACUGAUUAGGCUGUGCGAACUGCACAGGCUAAUCUGUGACAACCCUUUUUCAUAGAGCUUUAUAGCCAUUAAGCUAAGCAGAUAUAAAGGUUCUUCCCAUUAAGUCAUUAUCAUGAGCCAAUUAAGCUUGUACGCAUUCCAAGGUAUAGCACUGGGUAUCAUUUGGCCAUCCACUGUACAGGUUUUCAUAAGCCAAUCCAUAAACAGAACAGUAUCAAUUUAUUUGUAUAUGAAACCAUUCAUUUAUUAUGCUCCCCCAAAAUUUAUUUUAGGGGGAGCAUAUAGUCGCCGCUUCGUCUGUCAGUGUGUGUGCGUCUGUCUGUCCGUCCAUGCACAAUUUUUGUCCUGGCUAUUUCUCAGCAACUAAUGACCGGAAUUCAAUGAAACUUUAUGGGAAGCUUCACUACCAAGAGGAGAUGUGCAUAUUAUCAGCGUGUUCUGGUCGGAUGUUUUUUCACAGAGUUAUGGCCCUUUGAAAUUUUCUAUAAAAAAAUUAUUAUCCCCCCCAACUACUGUGCCCUCAAGAUGUUUCCUUUUAUCUGAAUAUAUAGUGCAAUAUUGUGACAAAAAAAAACUUUGGGGAGCAUCACCCGUCUCCGACGGUUUCUUGUAUUGUAACUCAUUAGGAAAUCAUUAUCUUUGUUUGAUUUACCCAUCCUUUUUGUUGUUUCUUUUCAUUUUGUUUCGGAAAAGACAAUAACCAUACAGGGUUAUGUAUUGUCAUGCUUUGUUUGAACUCGUUGCAUUGCAAACAGAAACGAACAACGUUAUGUACAUAGUAAUUUUUUCUACGUAAUUGAUAUAUUUUUUUCAUGAGCACAUAUGCAGAAUAUUGUUGAUUAUUUUAUUGUUGGUGACAAUAAAUGUCUAUUUUGUAUAUAGGUAUUGUGAACAAUUGUUGUUAAUUGGCUAGCCAUGUGUAAUUGUUCCUAUUUCUGAUUGUGUCUAAUAUCCAGGUAUUUCAGUUGUUAAUUUUUUAGCAUCAUCUGAUGCCAGUACAGUGGUCUUCCUGUAAAUUAUUUAUUGGAGCUGCACUUUAAUCAGGCUUAAUGCAUGUGCUUUUGAUCAAGCAUAGCCUUUGCGCCCUCACAGGCUAAUGUGGUACAACACUUUCUGCUUUAAUGGAAUUUUUUGUUUACAAGAAGUCUUUUUUUGUAAGAAAAGUGUCGUCCCGGAUUAGACUGUGAGGGCUACGCAGGCUACUUUGUGGAUGUAUGUACAUGUACAUAGAGGACGAUACUUAACACAUGCGUUAAGCUACGUUUUCCCAGAAUGCAGCUCAUAUUCUUAGACUUCCAAAAAAGACUAUUUGGAAACUUAAAUAUUUGGUAAAUACUCGAUUGUUGAGUAUAUCUUGCCAUUUUUUCUUAAAUCAUUCUUCAUUUGGAACAUUUUUGUGUGUUUUGAUGAGAUAAGAAACAUUGCUUUCCUCUUUAUUGGCAACUCGGGAGUAUUUUUCUUGGUUCUCCGUCUUUCCGUGAGCUAUUACUUGCUGUGGCAACACGAACCCAUUCAACAAGUAAUGAUUUGUCAGCAUUAUUAUAUAACUGUUAAAGACAAGGGACAUUGAGACAGUAUUAUCCCGUGUUUGUUUUGUGCCCAUAUAACACAAACAUCUUGAGUAAAGAAUUGUCUUUUUUUACAUCAUGUAUAAACAUUUUCAUACAUAAAAAGACACACCUAAAAUUAACCUUUGCAGAAAUUUUAAGUUAAUCAGCUUUACUUUAUAUUUAACUAGAGUAUACUUAAAGGGGCCUUUUCACAGAUUUUGGCAUUUUUUAACUUAUUCAUUAAAUGCUUUAUAUCGAUAAAUGUAAACAUUGGAUCGUAAAAGCUCCAGUAAAAAAUCAAUAAUAAAAUUAAAAAAAGGAAAAGAACAUUGCGCUGACCAGGUUUCGAACCAGUGACCCCUGGAGUCCUGCCAGAGUCCUGAAGUAAAAACGCUUUAUCCUACUGAGCUAUUCCGCCGUGUACACAUACUGAACGUAUUUUAUACCUUAUUAAGCAAUCUUCGUAGUUUCACAAAAUUCAACGACAAAAACAGAACUCUCCAAAUUAUUCAAUCGUUUCGCGUUGCAACGCUUUAUAAUUUUUAGGUUUUAAAAUCGUCAAAAGAUGCAUAUAAUGGCUAUAUUAGACCAUGGUAAAUGUUCAGUAUUACUGUUUCCUCACAAAUAUCAUAACUAAAACGAAAAUUUGCGAAUCUGAAACAACUUUUUUCAAUUUUGUCAAUUUACCAAAGCGUGAAAAGAUCCCUUUAACUGUAAUUAGUAUUUUCUAAUAAUAUAAUAAUAAUAAAUUGAUAUGGAGAGGACAUUUUCAGAUGACUUCGGAAUAUGGUCCCUGAUAAUAUAAACUGUGAUAGAAGCAUUAGUCCACAGCUUAAUAAUACAUUCCAUACAGCCCUGUGUAUAGCAGUAGAAUUGUUAUGGACACUUGUUGUCUUAUCAAAUGUUCUUGUUUAUAUUUGCAAUAUGUCAUUCUUUGUAGGACAAUCUUUCAACUAUGGUUAAUAACUUUAAUAUGUGUUGCUUAUGUUCUUAUUGAGAUAGUAAUAAAUUGAAAUGUUGCUAGUCUGUAUAAUAUUUUGCUCAAUGGAUAUUAUUAAUAAUGACAACGGUAUAAAGUCUUCAGAUAGCAUUGCGCAGAUGAUGAGCAUAAAAUGCAGCAUAAACGCUUGGAAAUUAAUUCUGUUAACCCUUUCCCUCUCAAGAGCAAAGUGAAAAUGUCUAUGUGCAAACAGCGCACAACCAGAAUAGUCUGUGUGUUACACGCAGUCUGUUGAGGUUUUAUCCUGUUUGCUGCUCAUCUAAUUGUUGGAAAUGAAGCCUUUUAAAAGUUAAAUCUCGUUAGAAAGGUCUUAAUUAAAUUUCACUUUGUGAGGGACUACAAAUGCAAGCUGCACAUGCUACUCAGGGAUGACACUUUAUAAACAUGCAUUAAGCCCUGUUUUCCCAGAGGCAGGCUCAGAUGUCUUGUGUUGGAUAUCAAGAUGUUUAUACCUGAUUGAUACAGAAGUUUUCUCUUAAUUGCAUUUUACUAUAAUAAAACUAAAAUUACAAUAUAUUUUCAUUUCAAAUUUCUGAUUUAAAUUGUUGUGUGAUGCUUUGUUAACCAACAGUCACUUUGAUUGUUGAUUUUUAUACAAAAGUUAUAUAUAUAUAAGUUAACAUUUUUGACAGUUAUAAUUAUACAUUGUCUAUUUUCCCAAUGUAUGUUGAAACCUGUUGUACUGUUACUCCAUGUAUACAAGGCAUAUAUUUAGCAUAUAGGCUGGUGCAAAUUCAGCAGUGUAGAUCCUAUUUCAUGUACUUUGUUGCUUUUUCUCAGUUUGACAGAUUGCCAGGGAUGAAAAUAUAUUGUCUUAUGUUUUGUGGAUAAGGCUUGUGCAACAAUCAUUUACAGUAUUAAUAUUUCUAAAGCAAAAUUUUUAAAAGCUUGAAAUUGAUACACCAAGAUGAAUGCUCUGUGCAUUUUACAACAUUUACCAGUAUAUUUUGUUUAAGCAAGAUUCCACAUACCGGUAAUCUUGUACUAAAUAAAAUUGCUUAGAAGACUGAAAUAGAUUUUUUUUUUAAUGUAACUUGUAUAUAUAGAAAAAAUAUCAAUAAUUGUUGUUUCCAGUAAUUAGGCAAUGUGAUUUUAUGUCAAUAUGCAAGUGCUCUUAUAGCAGCUAAAUUAUCAACAUUUUUCAGUACCACUUUAACAGUAUAGUUUGUUUGUGGGAACUAUUUAAACACAACUCAACUUACCAGCUUUGAUUCUUGUAUGGCAAUCUAGUGACAAACCUUGCAUCUGUCAAACAGGGAUUUUCAUGUUUUCUAUAACCACAAAUCCUAUUAUUUUGUUCAUGUCAUAGAGAAAUUGUGUAUAGUACAGAGGAAUUUAUAACAAAAUAUUUACACAUUGUAUGAAGAGAUAUUAUUAAACCUAUAAAGUUUGGUUUA